CACACCGAACAAACACGCAGUAUGCUCCGCCGACUGACACAAUACACUUCACUAAUCCCGCCAUCCAAAGAAAGAUCUUCAAUUGAACUGUGUGGACUUUUUCCCCUUUGGAGAUGCAUAAACGUUUGAUCCAAGUGAGCGGCUUCCUGAUUUCCACACUGGGCUGGCUCUUUGUGCUGUGCACCAUGGCCAUGGACUUCUGGAGGAUCACCCAAAUCGGAGGCCAGGGCGGCUCGUUCAUCAUCAAGGUGGCCUGGUACUGGUCCAAUCUGUGGAAAGACUGCUUCACCGACUCCACGGCCGUCACCAACUGCAGAGAUUUCCCUGUUCUCUGGAGUGUCACGCCAUUUGUCCAGGGGGUGCGAGGCUUGCUGAUGUGCGGGCUGACUCUGGGCUUCUUCGCCGCCAUCUUGUGCUUCCUGGGCAUGGAGUGCACCUACCUCGGCGGAGACGAGCAGAAUAAAGACAAGAUGCUUUUCGCUGGCGCAGUCUUUCACUUUGUGGGUGGAGUGUCUGAUAUUGCGGCCUACUGCUUAUACAUCAACCGGGUUGCCAGGAACACCUUUGCUGUCAACUUAGCACCUGGACUCUUACGGUACGACUUAGGCCCUCCCAUAUUUCUCGGAUUGGUCGGAAGUUUUUUCAUCAUUUUAGGAGCUCUCUUUUAUGCAGCCACAGUGUUCAGAGUACUCAUACCCAAAAGUCAAGUGAUCUAUGCCUACGGAGGAGGCACAUACAUGGAUCCUCGCUUGCGAGGAAGAAGCAUGUACACCGGAGGCUACUACAGACCCAACAGACUGUACGGAACUUACUACGGCUCAGGAAGAUCCGGCAGCUCCAAAAUAUCCAAACUCUCUCCGACAACACCAGAGAGGUUUUCUGAAAGGGACGCAUUUGUCUAAUGUCUUUAAAUGGUUUCCUCGCGAAUGCUUUGCGUAUGAAGGAGUGAACGGGCCAAGGUGAAAGACGAGUUGUAUGUUGUGGGGGCGAAGUUGUCAUGUCGGGACAAAAAAAAAUAUCUACAAAGAAACAAAAUAUUCUAUUGAAUGAAACAGAAAUUCCCAUCCAAACAUGAAUGCAUAUUGUAAAUUUAAUCAAGGAAAUAAUUUUAAACAACUAUUGCAAUUUUUUUACAAGAACAACACUAACAACACUUUUGGUUGACUGAUCUAAGUCCACAAAUUGCAUAAACUGUAAGAUCAGAAAUAUAUUUUUCCCCAAAAUGAGUUAAAGUACGUGUACAUAUUUUUAUGUUUUCCCCUCAAACUGUUUUUAACCCUUUUCAGGGACAACGGUUACUACAGUGGACAGCUUAUCAUGUUAUCAGGUUACAGGGUGCACGAAAGGGUUCAUGUGAAUUCCACCUUUUAUUCUUAUGAUUUUGACUUUAUUAUUGGAACUGGUGUAACACUUUUGUUGAGCCAAACAUAUAAUUCAAUACAUUAUCAACACAA